GUGGCAGAGCUGCAAAUCUCAUUUCCUGAUCGGGGCAGACGCAGCUCAGCUCUGAAACGCGGCUGUGCGCGCGCGCGGCUCUGCUCGGCUCGGCUCGGUUCUGCUGGAUGUGGAUCUGCUGGUUCUGAUGGUGUGAAGAUGGAGUUUGUGCUGCAGUUCUUCUUCUUACUGUGUGUUUUCUCAUUUGUCUCGGAGGGAAAGGCGUACACUCUGCCCUAUGAACUGAAUGGAGGAGAGUGCAGGAACACUUCCUCUGAAUACACUCCCACGGGUUCAAAACUCUGCUGCAGCAAAUGCAGGCCAGGAUUUCGACUGCAUACGCCAUGCACUGCUUCAAGUGAUACAGUCUGUGCCAAAUGCAAAGAGGGAACGUACUCGGACUCAAUAAAUUAUCACCCAAACUGCUUCAGCUGCAGAACGUGCUACCGAAAUAAAAACAUGGAGUACAUCAAGACCUGUACCACAGAGAGUAAUUCUCAAUGCGAGUGUAAGAGUGGGUGGUACUGUUCUUCACAUAUGCGUGGUGAAUCCUGUACUCAGUGUAAAAGGCUUGCAACAUGCUCCCCUGGAAAAGGAGCCAUAUCACCAGGAUCACCUACAACAAAGUGUAUGGACUGUGUUGAGGGAACGUUCUCUAAUGAAACCAGUUCCAGGGCUUGCCAGCCGCACACACAGUGUGAGGCAGAGGGGAAAGAGGUGCUGCAUCGUGGUAAUGCCACACACGACACUGUGUGUAAGACCCUGAUACCUCACACUACCACACCCACCCGUCCCCCUCCCACCACCACCACCACCACCACCACCACAGCACAGACAACUCCACUGGGUGACACUGCGCCUCCGCCUCGCAGAGUUGUACAACCCACCACUCUACCAAACACUACCCUGAAAGGCAAGCCCACUUUAUCUGACAGCGACAUCAUAUUAUACAGUAUUAUAGGUAUUGUUGCUGUUGCCAUCCUGCUGGUGGUUUUGCUGACGUUAAUUGUGAUGUGUCACAGGAAAGGUUUAGGAAAACCUCCAGUCAAAGAAGUCAUUCAGACUGAACUGGCUUUAGACAGCAAGAUGGAGUCUGAACUUCUGCUAGCAGACGGCAAAACGUCCUCCUCAUCGUCUGCGUCUUCGACCCCUGACAACCAGAGCCAGAGCACAGGAGACAGCCAGGACAACAUCCAUUCAGAGCUGCCUUCAGUCUCCAGCCAGUGUGUUAACUUCAGCUUCACAGCUACCAUUAACUGCCAGCUGAACCAGUCCCAGGGCUCCUGCAGCAUCCCCAUCCGCUCCCCGACCCAGCCUCAGCCUCAGCAGCAGCCCCCGCUGUACCCUCAACCCCAACCCCAGCCAGAACCUGAGACUGAGACCCACCCUCCACCGGCCCAGCCUGACCUCCCCCUUUCUCAAGAAGAGCAGCUUCUCCGCGUGUCCUGCGAAGAGGAGAACAGUAAAGACGCUCUACAGUCAGUGCAAGAGAGUGGGAUGACUGUGUGCUGAAGACGAGGGGAAGUCCGUCGGCUGCUGUAUUUCAGCCGCGAGCGUUUGAUCCAGGCUUGCGUGUGUGGGGGGGAUGCUGCUGCUGAACCGCUGCAUGCUAUCUUUACACACUGAGCUUGUUUUGAGUUUCAGUCUCAUCUGAACUCAACUGGCCCAGCCACUGUCUGUCUAAACACCUCACCACUUUUAUGGUCUCUUUUAUGGACCUGUGGACGGAUUUGACAUGAUCAGGUAGCCACAUUAUCCAUGGUUAGCCACAUUGGUGUUUAUGUUUGGUGUCAGUCAGCAGGUUUUUGUGUCAUUUUGUUUCAGCUGUGGUUUUAAACAGCAGCAGCCAACAGGCAAUGAGAUUCAGUGAUCGUACUGCCCUGUACUGACUUUCCUACAAGCCUGUUGGCUGCCUGGUGCUGCUGUAAAAGAUGUUAUUCAAAUUGUACAAUUUUGGAUUUUGACAAUAGUGAAAAUCUGGAAAAGAUUUAAAGCGUCAGCAGCCAGUCAGCAGAGUCUGAGAGAGCACAGUUGGUAAAGCCCUAUCUGGGUGGGUAGACGGCCCUGGUGAGGAUCUGGUGCUUUCUUUUCUUCAAGCUUGUUGGCUGCCAUCGUACUGCGAUCGUACAACGAUUAAGCUUUAAAGCCUGACUGUGAUGAUGGAGCUUUGCUCUAGACGACACAUGUCUAUGUUACGUCUGGAGAAAGUGGCACAACACGCGCUCCAGAUGUGCUGCUUGGGCGUAGGACUCAAACUCAAACAACUUGAGAACAAAAUGAGGACAUCUCAGCUCCGCUAUAACAGAAGCUUUAAAAAAUGGCAACUGUAAAGGAGAUGAAAAACUUAAAAAAACUUUAUGCAAAUAUUUUUUAUUUCACUUGCACAAUUUUGAAUUUUUGGAGUGACAACCUGCAAAACAAUAAAACAGGGCAUCAGCAGCCAGAGUCUGAGAGAGCACAAUUGAUGAAGCCCUAUAUGAGUGGAUAAAUAGUGUCCUCUCCUGUUAUUAGGGCUCGACGAUAUGGCAAACAGCUAUAGUAUAUCACAAUAUAAUUUUUAACUGCAGUCGAUACAAUAUGAUAAUUACAGUGCCGAUAUAAGCAGUAUAAAUGCCAUCACUCUUGGUGAACAUAAUCAAACCACAGACUAUAGCUGAUAGCUGAUACGGUAAAAAAUAUCAUAUCACAUAUUUAAAUAUUAAAAAACACAUAUUUUUACCAUACACAGUAUUUAUCAUAUUUUGACGCACAGACAAAAUCCAUCAGCAGUGACAGAUUUCACUAUUCUGCUAUACUUAAAAUGCUUUUUCAUACAUCAUAUUCUUGACAUGAUUAUUGUUGAAACAAUAAGCAGAUUUGUCACAAUAGGAUAAAAUAUGGAUAUACUGUUCAGCUGGCCUGCACAGGUGUCUAGUGGCUGGAGUAUCAAGAGUUGGGGAUCUGGUGCUUUCUUUUCUUCAAGCUUGUUUUGUGCCUGGUGAUGCUGUUAAAGAUUUUAUGCCAAUUGAACCAUUUUGCAUUUUGGCAUUAGUCUGUAAAAAUCUGGAAAAAAAAACUUUAAAUACGACAUCAGCAGCCAGAGUCUGAGAGAGCACAGUUGGUAAAGCCCUGUCUGGGUGGGUAGAUGGCGCUCUCUCUCACCUCAUUACAGUUGUAAUGCUCCCGUUCUGAUGUUAACUGACACAGGCGUCUGUUGGCUAAAGUAUCUGGAGUAAGAGUUGGGAAUCUGGUGCUUCUCUUUAAAUGUAUUGGCUGCCCAGUGAUGCUGUACAAUAUUUUAUUCCAAUUGUACAAUUUUGGAUUUCGAUAUUAGUGGAAAUCUGCAAAAUUUGAAAGCAUCAGCAGCCAGAGUCUGAGAGAGCACAGUUGGUAAAACCCUAUCUGGGUGGGUAGAUGGCACACAAAAAAAAAAAAUCCAGCGGUAUAAAGUGUUGCCUCUAUUUAUUGAUCAAUACUGGUUUGAAUCCCGGUCAUGCAGCUUGCCAUCAGCUGCUGGAGCCCUGAGAGAGCACAGUUUGCCUUGUAUUUAAAUAAAAUAUAGGACUUAUUAAAACAGAGAGCAACUAUUGGUGAUUAAAUGAUCUCUAGCAUUCAUUUGUUCACAUUAAACUAGCCAACAAGUAUUAAAGAAACCAAUCAGUACAAUCAUACAAGAAACAGAUACAGGCCUUUUUUUGCACAUUUCUGGACACUGCUGCCAAUAAAGGUCAGCAAAGAUAAGUAGAUCAGAUAUUCUUGUGCUGUGAAUAGAAGAGAACCUUAAAUUGCACUUUACCCCACCUGAACCUUUGAAUGUGUUUCUGUGCUGUAUACUAGACGCAAGUGAAAGCAAAUGAUGCCACAGACAGGUGACCGACGCCCCCGAGUGGUAAAACGAUGCAUCUGCACAUUAAGUGGGCCACUGUAAGAGUACCUGCCCAUGCUUUUUUUUUAUGUCUAUGCACUGUACAUUAUUUUUAUACAAAUAAAUUUUAUAUAUACUUA